CCCGCCUCGCCUGCGCUUUGCGAGAACCAGUCCUGGUCGUUCCACCAUGCAGCCAAAGCAAGCCUUGUCCUGGUACCGGCGGCUGUCUGUGAUCUACGGGAUGGGCGCCUGGACUCUGUUUGGUUCUGCAUUUUACUUUUUCGGGAAGAAGAAGCCUUCAGAAGGUCAUGAAGUAGAACAAAAGGAUCUCCCAAGAAGUGAAAUUGUACCCGAACCCCUGAAAGGGUUUUAUGUGGAAACGAUUGUUGCAUAUGAUGAAGAUUAUACUUCACUUUCUGACAGGAUCCGUGACUUUGUGAAAAAAUGGACUGGUGAUUCUGGUUCAGAACCGUGAUUGGCUGCUGAAUUCUGAAAACAAGGACUUUGGCUCAGCAUUGAUACAUGAUAGGUGCCUUGAUUUCUAUUUUAUGUUUGUGGAAAGUAUAUAUUUAAUUAUGCAGUUAAAAAUGCAAUA